GUUAAAUCUCCGCGGUGUGCCAGUCGGAGUGUGCAGCCCUGCGGACCGAGCCGUCUGAAGUUUCUCCGUCCAGGAAUACAAACGCGAUGCUUCGCUUCGACCGGCCGCUCAGAGAGGAACGGGAGAACCGGCGGUGACAGCUUCACCUCCACGUCACCCUUUUUUCCCCCCUAAGGAGUAUAUUUGUCUGUCUUAUUUAUUUUUGCUAAGCCUUGGAGAAGAAGACUUUUUAUUUUUUUAGCGUACUCCGGUAAUGUCGGACCGCUGUGACAAACCAACCCGCUAACGUUUCGGCAGAGGAAGCCUUUUUCCCCCCACCCUACCUGGUGUUGUCAGGUCGGAGCGCAGAAUGGCUCGUCUUCCGCCCUAACUCCAUGUAAACAGUUGCUACUUUUUUUUGUUGCUGCUGUUUUUUUUCCCUUCUUCUUCUUCUAUUGCGUGUGGCUGUCUGCUGCUGGAUAGAAGCCCGGCCGCAGCGCAGGAACUCGGCGUAAAUGGAGCGCCAGUCCAGUUUCGUUUCCAUCUGGCUCCAACUGGAACUGUGCGCCAUGGCGGUUCUUCUGACCAAAGGUGAGAUCAGGUGCUACUGCGACGCGCCGCACUGCGUUGCCACCGGAUACAUGUGCAAGUCCGAGCUGAACGCCUGCUUCACCAGGGUGCUGGACCCGCUCAGCGCAAACUCCCCCCUCACCCACGGGUGCUUGGAGUCGGGCUCGGGCGCGGCGGCGGCGGACGCGUGCGGCCAGAGGGCGGCGGACCCCCUCGGCGGCGGGGCCCUGAUGCUGGAGUGCUGCCAUGACGACAUGUGCAACUACAGGGGCCUGCACGACCUGGCGCACACCAGGGACUCCACAGACGGCCGGUACCAGGCCGACGGCAGCAACAGGAACCUGGUGACGCGGGUGCAGGAGCUGGCCUCGGCCAAGGAGGUGUGGUUCCGGGCGGCGGUGAUCGCCGUGCCCAUCGCCGGCGGCCUCAUCCUGGUGCUGCUCAUCAUGCUGGCGCUGCGGAUGCUGCGCAGCGAGAACAAGCGGCUGCAGGACCAGCGGCAGCAGAUGCUGUCGCGGCUCCACUACAGCUUCCACGGCCACCACACCAAGAAGGGCCACGUGGCCAAGCUGGACCUGGAGUGCAUGGUGCCGGUGGCGGGCCACGAGAACUGCUGCCUGACCUGCGACAAGAUGAGGCAGGCCGACCCGGGCAGCGACAAGCUGCUGUCCCUGGUGCACUGGGGGAUGUACAGCGGCCACGGCAAGCUGGAGUUUGUGUGAGGGAGAGUCUGCGCCGCUGUAUGGUGGCCUUCAAAGGACAUUCCCCUGGUUCUCGGGCAUCCGUCUUCUUCCAGGUCGCGGUCAGAACGAUGCAGGACUGAUCUCAUGCCACGUGUCUUUUUUUUUUUUUUUUUUGUUUUGCUAGAGGAGCACUUUACUUGAAAAGGCAGAGCUGCGUUUAAACCUGAGAGGGCGGGGCCGAGCCGCCGCCGCCGCUCCCUGAGGAUCCGGGACUUUCUACACUGAACGCUGAAGGAUUCCAAAAGUUGUCUUAUUUGCACAUUUUGUUUUAAAGGAAACGAGUGGAGAGCAGAUUUUUACACUGACGCCAGGGUAGAGAAAGGGACCGUCUGAGGAGGAGAGGACUCUGACUGUGUGUGUGUGUGUGUGUGUGUGUGUGUGUGUGUGUGUGUGUGUGGACGGGCCUCCGGACGGUUCCUCCAUUCAAGCUUAUUGUAAAGAUUUGAACAUAUCUAUAUAUUUUUGUCUGAGAAAAGCCGACCUGUGUGUGUGUGUGUGUGUCCUCUUCCGCGUGAAUGUUCAACUCCUUUCUGUGAUCAGACUAAAAGCUUGAUUGUGUGUGUUUGUGUGAAAGAACUUCAAUUAAAGU